UUUCUUUUCUCAAAUUCUCGAUUGACAGACUUGAAGAAGAGAAUCAGUAGUACGAGGCUUCGGUACAAAAAUGGCGAACACUGUGAGAAGGACUCUGUUGUGCCUCCGCCGCCAGACCCUAAACUCGACGGCCAUUCCUUACUACCGGACUUCGAAUGCCGUCGCUCCUGUAAGGUCUCACUUGGGUUCGGUUUCUCGCUUUUCUUCUGAUACCCAGUCGUUCGACAUUGAUCUGUCCAACGAAGAAAACAAAAGGCGUACCUUUAACAGAUUGUUGUAUCGAAGCAGACAACGUGGGUUUCUUGAAUUGGAUUUGGUUUUGGGGAGCUGGGUGGAGCAGCAUAUCUCCUCCAUGGAUGAGACUCGUAUCAAAGAUCUCGUGGAUGUUCUCGACCUGGAAAACCCCGAUCUAUGGAAGUGGCUUACGGGACAGGAGCAACCACCUGAGGCAGUGAGCAGCAAUCCGGUGUUCACGGCCGUCCGUGACAAGGUUAUGAACAACCUUGAUAGCCAUUCUGCCCCUGAGACAAGGGCACUACCUGGGCAACCGUGGGUAAGAGGAUGGGAUGACACGAAGAAGGGUCGGGACAGCCCCAUUUCAGGAAACCAGUAAACCUUGGUUUACAAUUGGAGUAGAGGGCGUAAGGAAUUAGUUUUUGCAACUACUAACGAAUAAAAGGAUGCCUUUACAUAACUAAGCAAAUAUUUAAAUCUCUGGUGGAAAUAUAUUAAGAUAUUGAUAUAAAAGGACUAUAGCAGAAUUGGAAUCUUAGGUUGA